CAUUUUCCUAAUCUGAUCUUUUAUUUUAUUUUCUCAUUAUUUUAGUUUAAUUUAUCCUUUUAACUUGUAUUGAUUUGGUUUAAGUUUGUUUAUUUUGGUCAUUCUCUAUUAAAUGUUCGAAACAAUUUUCACUUAAUUAUUGUAGUAUUUGUAUUAUGAAUAUUUUUUCAUAUUUUUCAAAUUUCGUUUGUACAACAGGGAAGAAUCUCAGCUUCCCUCGUUUAUUUUUUUCUGGUUUAUCCAACAAGACCUGCGGAAUAAAAAACCCUUAUUAUAGAAAAAAAGGACUCUGGGAGUGGCGAAAGAAGUUAAUUUACAAGUUAAAUAAGAACCGUUACCGUCGGAAGUUUAUUACUCCCAAGAACUACGACAACGAAGAGCUUCCAAUAAAGUCAAGGGAUUCAGGCAAUGUGUGGGAGUUUAAGGUCCAGGACUUACCAAUAAGUCUUAAAAGACUAAAGUUAUACUCUAAACUGCUUACAAACUUGCACCUUCAAGAUGCUCUUGACUGGCUAAACGGUUUCCCCAACAUUAAAACCAAUCGCAUUCUCAACUCACUGAGUGAGUCUCAAAAGAAGAUAUAUGAAGAAUUCGGAGGCGAUCCCAGCAGAUUAUACAUCGACAACAUAAUUAUUAAUUACGGACGUCCCAUUAAACAACUUAAACACCAUGCUCUGGGGAAUUUUGGGAUAAUGUGUACUUGGAGAAAUACCUUGGUGUACAAGAUACGUGAAAUGCCCAUGAACGAAUACUAUCAGAAGAUUUUUAUACUUGGAAAGGUACCCAAAAGCAUGAGUUCUGAGCUAAGGAAUGCAGUUUAUGAUAAAAGAGUUGACUCUAAAACUGUUACCAAGUGGUUCCCAUAUCUCACUUCCCAUUCAAGAUUUCUUUUCAGAAAGGACCUGAGAUACUUUAACAAGAUCGGUCAGUUUAACUACUACAGACACAGGAGGGACUGGAUAAACGAAUAUAACGAGAAUCUUCAGGGGCGAAUUGACCUACUGAAGUCUAUGAGAAUACCUAAAUCAGCGACCAAUGUAUAAUAACAAAAUUAAAAAUAUUAAGGUUAUUUUACAUAUUGACUAAUAUCGUCGUAAGUUACUUCCAUCAAAUUCCCUAAUUCAAUUUUGUACAGUGAACUAAACUACCUUGAACUGAUACUUUUGCCUUUAAAUUGUCAGGGUCAGUUGAUACCAGAGUCCCAAUAAGGCCUCGAUUCCUUCCAUUCAACAGUUUUACUCUCCCAUUCACGCUCUAAAAUAUUAAAUUAAUACCAC